UCUUCACUAGAGCUUCAACUCAUAAUACCUCUCUUUCCACCCAAAACAAGAAAAAAGAUAGAAAAAAGAAGGGAGAGAUAAGAGAUGACUUCGGGCUCGACAUGGACGGCGAAGCGGAACAAGCUGUUCGAGAACGCGCUGGCGGUAUACGACAAGGAUGCCCCCGACCGCUGGCAAAAUCUGGCGAGAGCAAUCGGCGGGAACAAGAGCGUGGAGGAUGUGAAGAGGCACUACGAGAUGCUCGUCGAAGAUGUGAACCAAAUCGAGUCAGGGCAGAUCCCCUUGCCGAAUUAUCGGAAACUCGGAGGACCAAACAGCAAGGGGUGCAGUGCCUUAGUGGACGAAGAGCAAAGGUUGAAGAGCCUAAGGAUCCAGUGAAGUAUUAGGGAAAAAGCCUGGUGAUAUUUCGGGAUGGAAUGAUGUUCAGAUGAUGAUCGAGCAAAGAAAAGAAAUGCAGAAAAAUAUUUUCUUUUUCCUUUUGUAUUUUCAUCUGUGUAGUUCCCAUUUAUUAAAAUAAAAGACCAUGCACUUCUUUGGGUGUCAUGUUGCAACUUCUAAUCAAGA